CCUUAAAUCACACACACUCCCAACAAAACAAAGCAUGGCACUACGGUCGUUGCUGGCAGCGGUCGCUGUCGGCGGUGCAGCGGCGGCCUUCUCUGCCGCGUCGUCCGUCACGAGCCCCGUCACGACGCACCUGGUGAUGCCGCUCGUCCGCCUGCUCGAUCCCGAGACGGCGCACGUCAUGGCAGUGCGGGUGGCUGCGAGCGGCCUGCUGCCAACCACGCGCGCGGACGCCCACCCGAGCCUCGCGACGACCGUCUGGGGCAAGCAGUUCAGCAACCCGAUCGGCCUGGCUGCCGGGUUUGACAAGCACGCCGACUGCAUCGACGCCAUGCUCGGCGUCGGCUUUGGCUUUGUCGAGAUUGGCAGCGUCACGCCGGUCGCCCAGCCGGGAAACCCAAAGCCGCGCGUCUUCCGCUUGACCGACGACCGCGCAGUCAUCAACCGAUACGGGUUUAACAGCUUUGGCUUGGACUAUGCCCACGAUCGCCUGAGCGAGCGCGUCGCAGAUCCGGCCGCCCGCGGAUUCCAACAUGGCAUUGUCGGCGUCAAUCUGGGCAAAAACAAGACAACCGUGGACGCGGCAGACGAUUACGUACAGGGCAUCAACAAGCUGGGCAAGUUUGCCGACUACAUUGUGGUCAACAUUUCUUCGCCGAAUACACCUGGUCUGCGGUCUCUGCAAGGCAAGCAAGAGCUGGGCGCGUUGAUCGACCGCGUGCUUGUGGCGCGAGAUCGGCUGGGCCUUCCCUCGCAGGCUUCUGCCGCUGUGCGUGGCCGCGUCCCUCCGCUGCUGGUCAAAAUUGCCCCGGAUCUCACUCCUGCCGACAAGGAAGACAUUGCCUCCGUGCUGAUGGACAAGAAGGUUGACGGCUUGAUUGUGUCCAACACCACCAUCUCUCGCCCUGCCACUCUCAAGUCGCCCGCGUCCCUGACUCAAGAGACGGGUGGUUUGAGCGGCGCUCCGCUGCGUCAACUUGCGACCGAAACCGUGCGCGACAUGUACACGCUCACACAGGGCCGCUUGCCCAUCAUUGGCGUUGGCGGCGUCUCGACGGGUGACGACGCUUUUGAGAAGAUCCUCGCCGGCGCUUCGCUGGUCCAGCUGUACUCGUCGAUUGUCUACGACGGCCCAGGCAUUGUGCCCAAGAUUCAGUCGCGUCUUGCCGAGCUGCUUGCCGAGAACAGCUUCACCAGUGUUAGCGACGCUGUAGGCGCCGAGCACCGUGGCUUCCGUCGAAAGUGAUUCAGGGCUCGUGUGCUCUUGUCCGAAUGCAAGCAGAUACAGUUGCGUUGCUUUUUGCACUUCGUCCCGUUUCGUCCCCUUUUCCGCGCGGGAAAUAAACCUUCACUUGUA